UUUCGCGACCGACACCGAGUGCAGGAAAGCAAUAAUAACCGAAAGCGAAAAUAACAAAAACUUCUCUAAAUAUCCCGUUACAAUUUGUGAUGUGACGACGAAAGCAGUUAAAAGAAUAAAAAAUGGCUAUCAGAAACAUCGAUAUAAUUGCAACGAUUUUAUUAAAUUUGGUACAUUGCGCGUACACGGAGCAUAUCCUGUCCUGCAACGUGACCCAGCUGGAUUCUUGCCCAGGCAACUACCAAGUUUGUAACGAAACUUCUCUACAGUGCUAUUGUUUGGAGGGCUAUGUCCGAUACGGUGAAAGAUGUUUCGAGAAAUCCGUUGUGUCUGCUUCUUCAGAUCAAGAUGCAACGGCAGCGGUUGUGUCUAUAUUCACAAUAGCACUUGUGGUUGCUGGACUGGUGCUAGUCAUUAGGAAAUACAACCUCAUUGAUUAUGUUCGCCACAAAAUUAAUAUGAGGCGAAACAAUGAUAUUAUGUAUGAAGAUGUGAUGAUUGGACAGGAUGAUCCACCUCUGGUUCCAUAGUAAGAUAAAUUAAGCCUAAGAAAAAUCCAUUUUGUGCCCAUGCUUUUAGGUAAUUAAUCUUCAACUAAACCAUGAUAAACACCAAUUGGGAAGGUCCUACAUUAUUGUAGUACCAAUUUGUAGCUAUGUCCAAAUUGUAUGGAAAUGAGAUACACUUGAAAGACUUGUUGGAUCAAUGUUACAGGCAAAAGAGCACAUAAUCUAUGAACAAAACUUAACAUGCUGAGUCACUUUGUAUUUGUCACUCCAUCACUUUGUAUUUUGUCCACCCAAAAAUAAUUUAUAUGGCAUAAUGCCAAUGUAUUUUGGGCUUCAUACAUUUUUAUUUGGAUACCUAUUUAGCAUCAUGUACCAAAAAUGGAUUUUAUCACUAAGGGCUUCAUUAAUUAUUUAUUGACAUAGUUAAUUAACUAUCAUUAUCAGAUAUGCGUAUGUUGUAUUACAUAUUGGCCAGCUGUUGACAUAGCUUAUUUACUCAACAGUUUUCCUGUUCAAUUUGUUUUUAUCAAUAAUUAUGAAAAUAAACACUUCACAGUUCUAUUCUAAGAAUUAUGGGUGACCUUUGAAUUUUCCUCUUUUUAGUUUCCUCAAUUGCAUCAAUAAUUUUUUGAAAUUAAUCCAUGUUCACUGUAUAGUUGAAGUCUUGUGAAAAACAGUUAUGAAAAAUUUGGCUUUGGUUGAAACAGUUUUCAUUAACUUUUUAAGUGCCUUACACUGUAGGCACCCACAUAAGUUUUUAAAAUAUUAUUCAUCAUAAUUUUGCUUACUAGUUGUAUAAAAAUAUAAUAGACAAAAGCAAACACAGGUAUUCCAUAAGCACAUUAAGAAAGAAACUUGCAAGUAAAUAAAAAAUCUUGUAUUCUUCUAGAUACAGAAGAUAUUAUCACAUUAUAAGUUUUAAAUCAAAGGUAAUAUUUUUAUAAGCUUGCAUAAAAAGAAUAAUUUUUUUGUCUUUUAACUAUUUUGUAUUUAGUAAAUAUUUGCUUUAAGUUAUUUUGCUAUGUUCGCUCAAUGUCACCAAAGACUGAAAUGUGGUUACAAAAUUGAAAUUUUGUUCUUUUAAUGUUUAGUGAGCCAGUCUUGCACAAUUAUAAAUAAGCAGUUCACCUCUGUAAUAACUGCCCUGGCUCCUGUGAGCAACAUGUCUUGUGCCUUGAACAUUGGGAAUGUUGCUUUGAUAAAUACCUGAAUUCUGAUACUUGGGAUGAUGACUGAUAUUACUUUAUUGAAUGAGGCGACAGUCUCAAGCAAGGAACAAUCUAAAGAGCUCAAUCCCUAUUUUGUGAAUGGCUAGUGCAGCAGACACAGCAUGCAAAGAGUAAUAAUGGUUUAGGAAUAAGAAAAGAAAUAACUUGUUUUAAACAAAUUAAACUCACUAUAUUAUAAUUCAUUGUUAUUGUUAUCUUAAAAGCUGCAGAAGAUGAUAUGAAUCUCGUCACUAAUAUGAAUCGUUUUAAAAAAAUGUAACCUGUUUUUCAAAACACAAUUAUCUUUUGACAAGAUCCAUAAAUAUUUACAUUGAGAGAGAUGUAGGUGUAUAGUUAUUACCUUUUCUAUACUGAGUAAAGCAACAUGGCUCAGGAAUAGAAAUAAAUUGAAUGCUUCUUGCCCUAUUUUCUUAAGCUACCAGGAUCUGCAAUGUCAACAAUAUAGUUUUGAGUAUUUCCAACUUGGCAUAAAUACCUAAUACCUUAGGUAUGACAAUGCAGGAAAUUUUUUGAAAUAGACAUGCAGCGAAUGGUGAAUAAUUAUUACAUAAAUAAAAUAUUUAGGUAUGUAAAACAAGUAUUUAUAGAAGGCAGCUUUUUUUUCAAGAAAUUGUAAACUUUUACAUUUUUUAAUUAAUAAUUUUAAAUUAUAACAGAUUAUAUAAUAAUUCAUGUAUUGUGAUAAGUUUAAAGUGCUAUUCAGUAAUACGUCACUGGUGACGGAUAUUAAUCUGAAUAUAUGACUUAUUACUGUUCUAUCUCAUAAAGACUUAACCCUCUGUAGGAACUAAAUUUUGAAUUGAUUUAAGUUUUUAAUACAUCAAUAAUUUAUCUAUGUUUAGUAGCCUUUAUGAUGUACCCACUCAUUUGGAAAAUAUCCAACAUGCAAACAGCUUGUAUGAUGUAUGUCUUCUUCUUCUUCUUUCUCUGGGCUUGUCUCCGUACUGUUUGGCCGGAACCUUCCCUUGUACGUAUUACCACUGGUACGGCUCCCCGCUGGGUCACUCCAGCCAGCCGAGCUCACUCCAGAAGCUUAGCAGGCCGCCCAGGUCGCCAAGUGUAUGAUGUAUGUAUUAACCAAACAGUUUUUGUAUAAUAGAUCAAAAUUAAAACUAGGUAUUUUAAAACUAGACAAGAUAUGUGGAAAAGUGAAAGAAAAAAUUAAGUGCCAGAGGACACUCGACUGAAGCUAAGAUUAGAAGAUUAAUUUGAAUUAUACAAUACAACAAUAUGAUAACAAAAUUUGCGAUUCUAUAAGGACUAUAUCUCAAUGUAACGUUAUUUUUGAUCGACAUGAAAAUUACGACUAGAUGUCUUAUCCAAAAGGACCUAUUUUCAAUGUGCACUUGGUUGUUCUAUUAGAUGAUGUUACCUCGUUCGCUCGCUCGUCUCGCUCUUUCCUCGAAUAAGAUAAGCUUCGCUUCGAAAAAUUUUAAUUUUAAAUUAGAAUCUCAAUAAUUUAGGCGAAUUACAAUUUAAAAAAAGUAGUCAAAUUAACAUACAAGUUCAGGUGUAAAUGUCAUAGCCAAAGUAAAUAUGUAUGUAAAUUAGCUAUUAUACAUAAAAUCAUCGUAAAUAAGUUUAUUUUCGAUUGUAGGAAAAGGUAAACAUAUUAAAUAUAGACAUUAAAUAUAGACUUUAAAAUAGACUUCAAUGUAUGUGUAGUGUUGUCACGAUACCAUAGAACAAUUACCAUUAGUAGCCGAUAUGGUGGGACGCUCCCGCCGUGGCCAGUUACCACCCUAACGACAAAGACUUACGGUACGAAGUCGCGUAGAAACCGAUUAGGGAUAUGGGUUAAUAGAACUGCCAUACUCCCUAACAGGUGAGCCUAAUACCAUCCUAAAUUGCAUCAUUAACACCCUGUGAGAUUGCAGUUAAGGACUAAGUGGUAUUUAAAAAUAAUAUAUAUUUUUCUACACAUAUUAUGUAAUGGAGAAUAUAUAAAAGGUAAUUCGGUGGUUCCCCUAAAUUUUUUUUUAUGCACUUUAAUUCUGGUACAGAAGGUACUCUCAUCGCAGUGCAACCUUAAGUUAGGUAAAACUUUAUGACCUGCGAAGAUAUAGUUAAUGUCUAUGUAAGGAUGUAAACAGGUUUUGCAUACUGGCCUCACAGGCUUCUGCCUCCUGGUACAAUAAAACACUACCACGAAUAAAUUUUAUAUUUGUCUAGUAAACAUAGAUAAUUCUUUCUUAUCACGUUUGUUCUGUUGGAAGGUUUCGGGUUUAUCCAUCCAGCGGGCCUAUCAUUACUAAUAUAACUUAUCGUCAUUCCAGCGUGACAAAUAAUAUUAUUUAUUUUAAUGUCUUCCAAAUGUCAUAAAUGGCGCAAACAAAAAAAAAACAAGUAAUGUCACAUCAAAAUUCACAAGUUAAAAAUAAUUCUGCGCUGCCUUUCUUUAAUAGUGGCACCGGUUCGAUCCCCGGCUGCACCUGGUAUGUUUCGGAGUUAUGUGCGCUUUAGCAUUUAACUUGAUGUCAUUUUACCGGUGAAGAAAAACCUGUAUAUCUAAAAGUUUCCAUAAUGAUUUGAAAGGCGCAUGUCCACCAAUACGCGCUUGAACAGCGCUGUGUAACGCGGCCUAGGCUCUUCUCGUUCUAAGAUGAGACUCGUGCCCUGUAGCACGGUAAUUUGUUGAUAAUAAUGAUAGACUAUAGACCAGCUAAUCUUAUGCUAUAAAUUACUAUUAAUUUGGUACAGGUCUAAAUCAACUCAGCUACACUCUGGGUAACUAAGAAAUGUAAACGACUAUUUUAGUUAUGCCACUAUUAAAAAAAGCGUUGUUUUUAUAAUGCGCGCAAAACUUAGUGUAGUAUUUGUAUUUACUGUUAUGUAAUUCAUGUAUUAGUGUAAGUUUCGACUGACCCGCAUCAGCCGCUGCGGAUAAUAUAAUCGGCCGGUCGAUUGCGUUUAAUAGGCAGCGGCUGGCGCGGGCCUGUGGACGCAUACCAUUAAGUGUAAGAUUACCAAAUACCUAUAAUUAUGUAAAGUUGGAUAUAUAUUUUGAAAUAAAUACUCUGUGAUAAUGUA